AAAAGGGUCCAAAGAAAAGAUAAGUUUACACCAGAUUCAGAUUUCUUUUGAGGCUCUUGGUGUCUUCUUUCCUCUGCUGGGAUUUUACAGCUCAUGCCUUGGUGACGAUGAUGGCCCUCAAUAACAUAUCCUCCUCCCUGAAGUUAAAUGAGACCAUUGUGGAUAACCCGACUGCCACCACAGUGGGCGCCCUCAUCCUGAGCCUCGUCUUUCUGCUGGGCUUCCCUGGAAACCUCUUUGUCAUCUGGAGCAUCCUGGCACGUGCCCGAAAGCAGACCGUCACCACCCUCCUCAUCCUCAACCUAGCCAUCGCCGACGGCUCUCUGAUGGCUCUCACGCCGUUCUUCAUCGUCUACCUUGUUAUGAAGCACUGGGUAUUUGGGAAUGUGAUGUGUAAGAUCCUCUUCUACCUGUGCCUGCUCAACAUGUACGCCUCCAUCUGGAUCAUCAUGAUCAUGAGCGUCUACAGGCUGGUGGCGGUGCUGUGGCCGCAGAGACUCGCUUGCAUCGCCGGACGGAAGACUGUAUUGCGGGUGCUGGCGGUGGUGUGGGUGCUGGUGAUGAUCGCCUCUGUUCCCGCAAUGGUCUUCAGGACAGUGAUGAAGAGGGGGAAUACUAAUCAUUUGGCAUGUGAUCCACUCCACAAUGAAGAAAGCCAUGACGCUGUCAUCAUGUACACGCUGGAGCUCGUGCUGGGUUUUUUAAUCCCCUACGGAAUCAUCGUCUUCAGCUACAUUCGCAUCCUGCGGCGGAUCCAAAAGACCAAGUUCGGCCGUCGCAUUCGCAGUGAGAAGCUCAUCCUGGCCAUCGUGUUGACCUUCUGCCUCUUUUGGCUGCCUUACCACAUCAUCAACAUGGUGCAAGUUACAUGGGAUUUGUGUCCACCAGGUGAAGUAAAAGAAAUGUUGAACAAAAUAUGGCACAAGAGCCGUGCUGUCACCUCGUCCGUAGCGUUCAUGAGCAGCUGUGCCAACCCAGUGCUCUACUUCUUCGCAGGGAAGUCCUACAUCCGACGAGAGGGGCUGGCGUUCAUGGCCCGCUUGUUCGAGCGCACGGGGCUGGACUCGGCUAGCAGGAAGAGCCGACAGAACAGCCAGAACAGCCGCGACAAGGAAAAAGAGGCAGAGGCUGUCAUGCUAAAGGAAUAGCGACCUGGGCUCCGUUGGCGACUCGAGCUCAGUGGAGAAUGGUGGUAGUUGAUCCCAUGGAGGGAGAAAUUUAAACCACCCAGGCCUUCAAAUCUCCGUCCAGUGACUAAAACAUUUAAAAUGUGUACCAGUGUGCAGCUGGUGCAAGAAAAAAGCUUCAGCAGUACUUCAGAUUCAGCUGCUGCGUGAAUCUUUCUUCCACAUGAGACUGUUACAGACUCAGAGAGGGAUGUGACCGGACAUACCGAUCCUGGAAAAGCUCACUGCCUAAUGCAUCCCAAAGUGACAUUGGUGACUUCAAGAUGAUGCUGAAACCAGAGCACACAUCAGACAUGAGCCCUGAGGCAGGAGAAACUGUGACGUUAUAAUCCAGGACGCUCCCUCUCCUCGCCAGCCAAUGUUUAACGCUGUUUGAUUCAAAAUGCAACCCUCAAAGAGAGAUGCCUCACGUUUACUGUUACUUAAACGUUUUUUGUUUGUUUUUUUCAAACAAGAUGUAUCUGUAUAUUUCUGUUGAUGCUCUGUUUAAUUUGUCAUAUUGCUUUAUGGAAGCGCAGAAAUGUCAAAGUGAACUCAAACAAUGUCAGUUUUCUUUAGUUUGUGACAAGUUAUGGGGCACAGACUGAGAGUUUGAUGAUGGCACUUGAACUCCUUUUUAUCUUUGUUUGCUUUGCAUGCAUUUUUUCCUGCACUGUUUUACUGUCUUUAAAGCUGCAUGAAUUGAUUUUUCGGCCACCAGAGGGCAGUAGAACACGGUGUAAAAAAACAAAAAAAAAAACACAGAAAAUGUCAUCAACAAUAUCAUCACAUUCUAAGGUUGUUAAUGUCGGUAAACAAACAAAUACUGCACGGGGUCUUUAUUAACAAGCCCAAAUUAAGUGCCAUCAUGCCCAAAUGUGAGUGUAUAUACAAAAAAAAAAAGAA